UUAUAAUUCAAUCAUGCCUGCUUGUUUUUAAUUCCAAUAUAUUGAUCUUCUCAUGUAUGCUACCUUUAUUGCUAACUGCAGAUGCACGUCUUUCAACACAACACCAUUCAGUCUGUACCAGUUCAAAAUUCCCACUUAGUGGACAUGGGGUUUUGACUAAACAAUCAGGAAAGAGAAAGCAAAAUGUCUUGGAUGCUCCAGAGUCUGUAAUCACAAGUUGCAAUAAUCCAGUGUUUCCAAAGUUGACCAUCAGCCCUCUUAGAAGGUUUCAGUUGAUUGAUUCUGACUCUGAUACUGAUGAUCCUUUUAUUAGUGAAUGUGCCAAAAAUAGGACUUGUACUGGAUCAGAAUCAUCUCUGAAUAGACGGCAACCUUAUCUUGUGCAACGAGUAGGUUUAAGUGAGCAGGGAAAAUUAAAUGAACCAAUCAGUACAUUCACCAGGAAAGAUCUAUGGGAAGAUUUCCAACCAGAGAAGAGCUUCCAUAUUCCAACUCCAGCUUUGGAUGAGGUCUGUGAGGAAUAUUUCAGGUCCAUGAAAGAUAAAAGUAAAUCUCAUGGUGCUACUGGAAAGAGUGACCGAAAAAGUCGUGUUACAAAUAGCAUUAUAGAUUUGGGUGACCCAAUCCCCCCUGCUCAUCGGUACUUCUUCCAUGGUGAUCCGAGGGUCCAAGAGCUAGUUCGAACUCGCUUGCCCAACUUUUUUCCUUUGAAUGCAGCAAACAGAGAUUCUGAGCAGCCCAGUACAUCAAACAUUGAUUACAUGGGUCAAUUUAGUCAUGGUGAAAACUCUAAACAAGCUGCUAGAACUAAUAAAGCUGAGACAAGCUCAAGGAAAAAUUCAAGAAAAUCAAAUACUCGAGAAAUGCCAAAAGGUCCAGUGAAUUCGAAGUCUGAUACUGAUAAAGGGAUCCCAAAAGUUGCUGGCAAAAGGAGGGUUCAAGCAGAUGGUCAACCUUCUGGGCAUUGGUUCAUGGGCCCUGAUAGGAGGAGAGUUUAUGUCAGUAAAACUGGGCAAGAGCUCACUGGUCGAGCUGCUUACACUCUUUAUAAAAAGGAGAGUGGGACAGGAUUUAAAAAGAGAGAGGCAAAGAAGAAAGCUUCCACCAAGAAAAAAUAGAAGUUGAUCUUGUCUCUGCCAUUUUAUAUCGUGUAGGUAGGGAAGCAUUCACAAGAGAUGUUCCGUUCAUGGCUACUUUAAUCGCAAAUUGUGUAUUAUGGCUUGCAAAUUUGCAGUUAAGAGAGGGAUAUGAUACCAUAGUUUCAAACAUCAUCAUGAAGUUGGCUGCUGCUUCAUUCAUUGUGAAUAUGGUUUGUAGUUCAUAAAAUGCAAAAUGCUUCUUUUUCAUUAAUACAAACGUGUCAAGACCGAAAAACUUGCCUCUUUUUUACCG